UCCCACCCACUCUGCCAGCGGUGGGUGGAGUUUGCUGAUCCAUGUGCCCACUUUGGGGUGGGCCUCCCACUGUAGAGGUCCGCUCACUCCUCUCUCGUCUCCCUGAUCCUUCUUCCCACACUCUCUCUCCGUCGUUUGUCCUCGCGGGUCAAGCCGGCUCCAACGCAUACCAACAUGGCCGACAAAGCACUGGGCGAUGACUCUGGAAGCAUUGUGGCGCUGUUGGAGCGCGUGGCGGGCCUCAUGGACAGCGUGCAGGUGACCCAGCAGCGCAUGGAAGAGCGUCAGCUGGAGCUGGAGAGCACAGUGAAGAGCAUCCAGGCCAACGUGCUCAAGCUGACCAUGGAGCACGCGGCCAGCAGCAGCACGGUGGAGAGGCUCCUGGAGAAGACCCGCAAGGUCAGCAGACACAUCAAGGACGUGCGGGUCCGUGUGGAGAACCAGAAUCUUCGCGUGAAGAAGGUGGAGGCCACCCAGGGAGACCUCCUGGCCAAGAACAAGUUCAGGGUGGUUAUCUAUCAGGGUGACCAAGAGGUGAGGGCCGUCACGCCAGGCAAUGAGCCAGCCGAACAAGGUGCUGACGGCGAGGACGAGUCCAACAAGUUUGAGCUCCCACCCGACUCGGACGAGGAGUACAUGGUGGUGGAGGAGGCGGACUCGACAGCGGCCGGGCGCAUGAAGAAGACCGGCCUAACGCGCAUCGAGAGCUUCAAGGCCACCUUCUCCAAGGAGAACAUGAGCAAGACUCGCGAGAACCUCGGCACCAAGGUCAACAAGCUGGGUGAGCGCAUUGUGACGGCCGAAAGACGUGAGAAGAUUCGGCAGUCGGGCGAGAAGCUGAAGCAGACCAUCACCAAGAGCGUCCCGGCCAAGCUCAACCUGAAAAAGGAGAGGACUGUGGCCGAGGGCCAGGAAGGGGCUGAGGGCGCCGAGGGAGGCGCACCUGUCCCACCCCCAAAGGGCCGUCGAAACACCCCAGAUGCCACUAAGGCAGAAGGUGGGGCAGAGGAGUCCGAGGUUCCUGUGUACGACAUGAAGCAGCUGUCGUAGCAAGGAGGCAAAGAGCGAGGAAGGAGGACGCACGAGGGAGACGAAGGACUCAUCUGAUUGAAAGAUGCGAGCGGCAGGCAGAACGUUUGAGAUCCAAAAUGAUCCGGUGAGAGUUUCAAGACAGUCUUGAUCGAAUCAGCAACUGUGCUGACUUUGACAAGAACACUAUUGUUUUUACGCCGCCGCUGGCUGUGCAUGUCGAUGGCUCGGACCCGCUGGAGGAAAACAACACGGGGAGGGGGUCCGUUUGUGUACUGCGAUGAAAGCGAAAGUGAGGAUGAAUAAAUUGGACCUGCAGGCAACAAAUCAGGCUUUUUGUUGAUGUGUGAUCACAACUUCUUGGAUGCGCUCUGUUAGCAUUAGCAUGGAGCUAAAGGCUGCUUAAUAAUAAAAGCAAUAUAUAAAUCAACUGAAAUGACAAUGAUGUGACUGACUUGAAUUUCAUUUAACACG